AUGGCAGAGGCGAUGGAGGCAGAGAUUUUUGGGGAGGAGCAGAAGGAUGAGCUGCCCGAGGAGUUCCAGACCAUGUCGGCAGAGGACAUACAACGCAGGUCGCGGCUGCUUGAGAAUGAGAUCCGGGUGCUGCGGGACGAGUCCAACCGCCUGACGCACGAGAAGGCGGGGCUGGCGGAGCGGGUCAAGGAGAACCACGAGAAGAUCAAGCUCAACAACCAGCUGCCCUACCUGGUGGCCAACAUUGUGGAGGUGCUGGAGGUGGACCCAGAGGAGGAGGAGGAGGAGGAUGGCGCGGGUGCGUACCAGGAUGCCGGGAAGAAGGGCAAGUGCAUUGUGCUGAAGACAUCCACGCGGCAGACCGUGUUCCUGCCGGUGGCGGGGCUGGUGGACCCCGAGACGCUCAAGCCCGGGGACCUGGUGGGCGUGAACAAGGACUCCUACCUCAUCCUGGAUACCCUGCCAGCAGAAUACGACUCCAGGGUCAAGGCCAUGGAGGUGGAUGAGAAGCCGACCGAGGACUACAGCGACAUUGGGGGGCUGGACAAGCAGAUCCAGGAGCUGCGGGAGGCCAUCGUGCUGCCCAUCACCCACAGAGACCGCUUUGUCAAGCUGGGCAUCAAGCCGCCCAAGGGCGUGCUGCUGCACGGGCCGCCAGGCACCGGCAAGACGCUGAUUGCGCGCGCGUGCGCCGCCCAGACCAACGCCACCUUUCUGAAGCUGGCGGGGACGAGCCUGGUGCAGAUGUUCAUCGGCGACGGCGCCAAGAUGGUGCGCGACGCCUUUGCGCUGGCCAAGGAGAAGCAGCCCUGCAUCAUCUUCAUCGACGAGAUCGACGCCAUUGGCACGACGCGGCGCGACAGCGAGAUGAGCGGCGACCGCGAGGUGCAGCGCACCAUGCUGGAGCUGCUCAACCAGCUGGACGGCUUCUCCUCGGCCGACGAGGUCAAGAUCAUUGCUGCCACCAACCGCCCAGACAUCCUGGACCCCGCGCUCAUGCGCUCGGGCCGCCUGGACCGCAAGAUUGAGUUCCCGCACCCCAACGAGGAGGCGCGCGCCAAGAUCCUGCAGAUCCACUCCCGCAAGAUGACCGUCAGCCCCGACGUCAACUUUGACGAGCUGGCGCGCUCCACAGACGACUUCAACGCGGCGCAGCUCAAGGCGGUGUGCGUGGAGGCGGGCAUGCUGGCUCUGCGGCGGGACGCCACGCAGGUUAAUCACGAGGACUUCAACGAGGCCAUCACCGAGGUGCAGGCCAAGAAGAAGGCCAGCCUCAACUACUACGCGUGA